UGUACCAUUUUGAUGAAAUUGCUAGCAAUAUGUCUGCGUCCGUGCUGAUACGAAAUUCUAUACAGUUGUCUACAUUUCUAUUUACAUGUUUAUGCGCAAUUGUUUUCGUGCAGUUAUCAUCAGGGGAGUUAUCGCAAGACGAAAGUUCUGAGACGAAUGAACCUGUCAAAACAUUUACGCAUGAUGAACUCGCUAAAUAUGAUGGUUCUGAUAUGACCAAGCCAAUUUACAUGUCGGUACGAGGAGUUGUAUUUGAUGUUUCUGCAGGAAAAAGUUUUUAUGGGAAGGAUGCGCCAUAUAAUGCUCUAGUUGGCAAGGAUGCAACACGUGGUGUGGCCAAAAUGUCGCUUGAAGCAGAAGAUUUAACAGCUGACUUGACAGGAUUAAGAGAGUCAGAACUGGAGUCACUAGAAAAAACAUUCAAGGAAGUUUAUUUAGCAAAGUAUCCAGUUGUGGGCUAUGUAAAAGACCUUCUGCUACGACCUCUACAGAAAGACAGGGGGAAAGAGUAUGGGAAUUUCAUUGACGAAGAUUUGGUCGAUUCUAUGAAGAUGAAAUACAUAAGGAGAGCAGAGGGAUUGGUAGGAGAUGAUGAUGACGAUGACAGCGACGGAGCAUCGAGAGACGAGCUGUGACAUAAGCAGCUCUGAAAUUCAUAGCUCAAAAAUCUACUGUAUGAAUAUAGUUCCCAUGUAAACCAACAACAGGAUAUGAGGGCAACAUGUCAGGCGUUGUUGGAACAUUAUGUAAUUCAUAGCUAUGGUCACAAGUGCAGACGGAAAAGCAUCCAGGUUAGCAGGAAAUGUAGACGGUAUUCCGGCCAGCGUGCACGUGGACAGGUGCACUUGAAGGCAGCUUAGUUUUCACCCGCUUACAUACGAAGAGAAGCAAUAAAAGUAUAAUCGUAAAAGUAUGGAAUGACAACAUACAUGUAUAUUAUAUAUAUAAUAAAAAGAAAGUAUUACAAUAAGUGACAAAUUCCAUUCUACUAACACUUGGAACGAUUUCUUAACGCGUCAGGUAUUACACAUUACAUACAUUAUCUUUGGUAUGUGGGUCUGUGUAUACGUUUUUUUUAAACUGGGAUGCCAGUUGAAAUCUGUCUGUCCUUACUGUUUCAAAACAUUUCAAUAAUGUAUUGUAAUAUUUUUAUAAUAAAUAAAUGACCAAAAAUUUAAAA